AUGAGGCGCGGCCCAGGGGCCGCCCUGGCCCUGGGGCUGCUGCGCCUCUGCCUGGCCCAGGCCAAUUUCGCCCCGCACUUCUUCGACAAUGGGGUGGGCAGCACCAACGGAAACAUGGCCCUGUUCAGCCUCCCGGAGGACACCCCUGUAGGUUCUCAUGUAUAUACUCUAAAUGGGACAGACCCCGAGGGAGACCCUGUCUCCUACCACAUCAGCUUUGACCCCAGCACUAGAAGUGUCUUUUCUGUUGACCCCAAUUUCGGAAACGUCACCUUGGUUGAAGAGCUGGACAGAGAGAGGGAGGAUGAGAUCGAAGCCAUCAUCAGCAUUUCGGAUGGCGUGAAUCUGGUGGCAGAAAAAGUCACGAUCCUGGUGACGGAUGCCAAUGAUGAGGCCCCCAGUUUCAUCCAGGAGCCCUACGUGGCCCAGGUUCCCGAGGACAUACCUGCUGGGAGCAGCAUCAUUAAGGUGCAUGCAGUGGACAAGGACGCAGGCUCUGGAGGGGCUGUCACCUACUUCUUGCAGAAUGUGCAAGCCACCAGAUUUGCCCUGGACCGCCACAGUGGCGUGCUGCGCCUCCGGGCUGGGGCCACGCUGGACUACGAGAAGGCCCGGGCCCAUUUUGUCACCGUGGUUGCCAAGGAUGGCGGAGGGAGGCUGCGAGGGGCUGACGUGGUAUUCUCCACCACCACCACGGUCACAGUCAACGUGGAGGACGUGCAGGACAUGGCCCCUAUCUUCUUGGGCAUACCCUACUAUGGCUAUGUAUAUGAGGACACCCUUCCGGGCUCGGAGGUACUGAUGGUGGUUGCCAUGGAUGGAGAUCGAGGCAAACCCAACCCGAUUCUCUACAGCCUCUUGAAUGGGAGUGAUGGAGACUUCGAAAUUAAUGAGACGUCUGGAGUCAUCUCUGUCAUGCAGAGCCCUGCCCAGCUCAGGAGAGAGGUGUAUGAGCUGCAUGUACAGGUGACUGAGGUCAGCUCUUCAGGGAUCCCAGCUGCCCAGGCCAUGGUCCCAGUCACCAUCAGGAUCGUGGACCUCAACAACCAUCCGCCUACAUUCUAUGGAGAGAGUGGACCCCAGAACAGAUUUGAGCUGUCCAUGUAUGAGCACCCACCUCAGGGAGAGAUCCUGCAGGGCCUUAAGAUCACCGUCAACGACUCAGACCAGGGAGCCAAUGCCAAAUUCAACCUGCGGCUGGUGGGACCUGGGGGCAUCUUCCGAGUGGUCCCACUGACAGUCCUGAAUGAAGCCCAAGUCACCAUCAUUGUGGAGAACUCAGCUGCCAUUGACUUUGAAAAGUUCAAAGUGCUAACCUUUAAGCUACUGGCCAUUGAAGUGAACACUCCAGAGAAGUUCAGCUCCACAGCAGAUGUUGUGAUCCAGCUCCUGGACACCAACGACAAUGUCCCCAAGUUUACCUCCCACUACUACAUUGCCAGGAUCCCUGAGAAUGCGCCAGGGGGCUCCAACGUGGUGGCUGUCACAGCCGUAGAUCCAGACACAGGUCCAUGGGGCGAAGUCAAAUACUCCAUCUAUGGGUCCGGGGCAGACCCCUUCCUGAUCCACCCAUCCACCGGGAUCAUCUACACCCAGCCCUGGGCCAGCCUGGACGCUGAGGCCACGGCCAGGUACAACUUCUACGUGAAGGCAGAGGACAUGGAGGGCAAAUACAGCCUGGCUGAGGUGUUCGUCACUCUCCUGGAUGUCAAUGACCACUACCCUCAGUUUGGAAAGAGUAUCCAGGAGAAGACAAUGGUGCUGGGGACCCCAGUGAAAAUUGAGGCCACGGACCAGGACGCAGAGGAGCCCAACAACCUGGUGGACUAUUCCAUCACCCAUGCAGAGCCAGCCAACGUGUUCGACAUCGAUGCGCACACGGGGGAGAUCCGGCUUAAGAACUCCAUCCGCUCCCUCGAUGCCCUGCACAACAUUACGCCUGGCGGGGACUUCACGUGGUCCCUAGAAGUGCAGGCCAAGGACCGUGGCUCCCCAUCCUUCAGCACCACGGCCUUACUCAAGAUUGACAUCACAGACACUGAGAUGCUGUCCCGAAGCCCCAUGGCCACCUUCCUGAUGCAGACUAAAGACAACCCCAUGAAGGCUGUGGGUGUCCUGGCUGGCAUCAUGGCCAUCAUUGUGGCCAUAACUGUCUUCAUCUCCACCGCCACCUUCUGGCGUAAUAAGAAGUCCAACAAGGUCCUGCCUGUGCGGCGAGUGCUCCGCAAGCGGCCCAGCCCUGCUCCCCGUGCCGUCCGCAUCGAAUGGCUCAAGUUCAGAAGGACCAAGGCUGCCGCCAAGUUUGUGCUCAGAGAGGAUCCUUCCAAUGAGAACUGCAACAACAACAGCCUAGGAAGCACACUGCCCCCCAAAGCCCCAGCUCCCCCUCCACCACCCACAGUGGCACCCAAGAUGGGCACGGCCCCCUGGACUGUGCCUACAGUCUCUGGCUCACUCACCCCUCAGCAACCCCAACAGUCACCAAAACCCAAGGUGGGAAGCCCCAUCCAAUCAGCUCUGGUCUCUGAGCUCAGGCAGAAGUUUGAGAAGAAGGGUGUAGGUAAUAAGGCUUACUUUUAGCAUGUGUCCUGUGGACCCUCAUUUCCCCAGCCCAAUUGUCCUACUACUUGGACCAUGCUCCCCACCACCCGCUCCUUAGGGUCACCUCUGUUUUGUACCAUGA